AUGGACAAGAUAUUGCAAUUAUUUUGUAGAUUGCAACAAACUUUUUUAAUUAAUAACAUAAAUAAUAUUAUCUUAAAGCCACAGCAAGUUAAAUGUUUCGAGCAUCUUUUAAAUGGAUAUGAUGUUAUUGGUGUUUUACCUACUGGAUUUGGGAAAUCCUUGUUGUUUCAUUUGUUGGCAGACUUUUUGCCAAGAAAGAGUGUCCAAAAUAUAGUAUUGGUGGUGUGCCCUCUUAAUUCUAUCAUAGAUGACCAGUUGAAAGUUUUAGAAGUGAGAGGUAUUGGUGCUGGGGUGCUUCAUUUGGAGCAAAUAGUUGUGCCUGAAAAAUUGUUUUCGUGUGAUGAGAAUGGUGAGCCUGAAAUACCAAUUUCAAUUAAAAAUGGCGAAUUAAAACUCACCCAGAAUCUCUGCUUAGUGUCAGAGGACGAGAAUUGCUAA